AUCAGUAUCACAUCAGCUAAGCUUGGCAACUCAAAUACUAGAGCCCGAGAUGUUUCAAGAAUAUUGCCAGAAUUCAAAACACUCGUGAAACUAGUCUGUUUUAGUUGGCACUCGUAUCUGAUGAGAUGCUUUGUUCACUCUUUGCUCGAUUUUUAGUAUCUCUUAAUUUCACCUUGUUAUACUUUUAAAGAAGACGUCAAAAAGUGAAUGUUGCAAUAUAGAAAAUAUCAUUUUCAAACUACGCUAUGAUAAAAAUUUUUUUACAUAUUAUCAAUUGAAUUCAAUGAAACGAUAAUUUAUUGAGUGAUAAUGCCAUCGUUAACAACUCUUCUAACUUUCCUCAACAUUGUUAGUGCUUUAACAAGCAUCAGCAAUGCAAACUCAAAACACCUGGAUGAACCAAAAUGGUGGGAAACUACAUUAAUCUAUCAGAUAUUGCCACAAGCUUUUCAAGACAGUGAUGGAGAUGGUGUUGGUGAUUUACAAGGUAUUCUAAAUCAAUUGGAUUACAUUGAAGACCUUGGGGUUGAGACCAUCUGCUUAAAUCCAAUCUACUCUUCUCCAAUGUUAGAUUCAGGGUACGAUAUUUCUAAUUACACAGACAUCGACCCUAUUUUCGGGGGUUUAGAAGACUUUAACGACCUCUUAGAAAAUGCCCACGAGCGUGAGAUAAAAGUCAUUUUAGAAAUAGUACCAAAUCAUUCGAGCAAUGAACACGAGUGGUUUGAAGCUUCUGUUAACCGUAUUGAUCCCUUCACUGAUUACUACAUUUGGGCGAAUGGAACCGUAGAUGAAAAUGGCACAAGAUAUCCUCCUAAUAAUUGGACUAGUAUAUGGAAUGACGAUGAAGGCUCAGCCUGGACCUGGAACGAAAUUAGAGGGCAGUGGUACUACCAUAAAUUUCAUGAAACAGAGCCGGAUCUUAAUUUACAAAAUGAGGAUGUAAUUACAGAAAUAAUGGAUAUAUUGGAGUUCUGGUUGGAAAGAGGUGUAGAUGGAUUUAAAAUUAAUGAUGUCCAUCAUUUCUAUGAAGAUUCAGAGUUAGAAGAUGAAUCCGAAGACUCAAAUGACAAAUCGACAUAUAUAUUGGGAAAUUCUCAGACUGCACUUCUUCUUUAUCUCAUUCGUGAACAUGUAGAUGACUGGGCUAUUACUAAUAACUCUUCAUCUAAGCUACUCCUUGCUGAGAGCCAAGACUCUGAUGUAAACUUGAUAUCUUAUUACGGAGAUGAUGAAUUUCCAGGUGUUAUUCCAUUCAAUUUCCGUUUUAUCACCACAGCAGAAGAAUACGAUAAUGCUAAUGAAACUGAAUUUUUAAUAAAGAGCUGGUUGAAUUUAUUACCAGAGAACGUGUCUACCAACUGGCCGCUUUCUGAUGACGAUUAUCCAAGAGUUACCACGAGAUUUGGUGAAAACCGUGUAGCUGGUCUUACAAUAUUAACAAUGCUUUUGCCUGGACAAAUGUACACUUACUAUGGAGAUGAAAUUGCGAUGAAUGAUGCCAAACCACCUUGGAAUGAGACAGUAAAUCCAUUGUCUAAUUCAUUGACGCCAAACUUCCUCGUCGAGUACUCUAGAUUCUCCGCAAGGUCCUCGAUGCAGUGGAAUAAUGGAACCUCAGCAGGUUUCUCAAUAAACGAGACAGUUUACCUUCCAGUUAAUGACGAUUAUACCACAAGGAAUGUCGAGAGUCAACUAGAAGAUCCACUGAGUAUGCUGAAUAUUUACAAGCGAGUGGCACGUCUCCGCAAAGAUCUUGUCUUUCAAAGAGGACAAUGGGAGCUUAAAGCCUUAAACGAUGAUGAAGUUUUACUUCUCAGAAGAUUUAUAGAAAAUCAUCCGUCUUUUUAUAUUAUUUUAAUUAACUUUGGAGAUAAUGAAGAAUCAGUCGACUUGUCAUCUCUAUACUUUGGUCUUGACGAUGAUCUAGAGAUUAUUCUAUCAACCAGUGAUGCUUAUAAUUACUCGAGCUUUUCUCCAGAUAAUGUAAAACUCAUGCCUUACGCAGCUUUAGUUCUCAGAUAUGACUGGGAUAAUGAUACGCUUGAUAAUACAUCUAGUAAUGAAGAUGAUUGGUAUAAUGAUUUUAAUUUGACGAGUAGUGAAGAAAUUGACUAUAAUAUUUCAACAACAGAACAUUUAUCUACUGAUAGUGAUGAAGAUUUUAUAACAUCAACAGUAUAUAACAUGUCAUCUGAAGAAUGGCAUACAACUGAAAGUACAAUGGAACAAAUAGACGAUACACCAUCGAAGUCUUCUUUAACAAAGGAUAAUAUAAUAAUUAUAUUAAUAAUAAGUACAAGUUAUAUAUUGUCUUUUAUCUAUGACAAAGUUUUUUAAAAAUGUUGUCAUUCAAGGAAAGUUAUCAAUUAAUUUAAAGUUUUAAACUUUAUACAUA